AUGACGUUAAUUCUAUUCAAAGAUAGUGAUCCAUCGAGUUUCCUUGAUAAUCAACUAAUACUUGCACAAGAGGAUAUCAAGACUUCAAAAGAUGCCACUAUUGCCAUGAGUGCAUCGGUCGAUUGCUCACAAUAUUCUGAGCAAUUUGGACUGAAUUCUGAUCUCGAUCAACAUCAUGAAGCUCUUCAUAAUCAAUUAGAUAUGUCAAACAUGAUAGAAUCACAACAUUCCAAUGAACAACCAGAUCAUGUUAAUGAAAACCAAAGCAAAACUGAUGAACACAUCAGCACUUCGAAAAGUCUUAUAUUUGAUUAUUCUCACUUUAGAUUAAAUUUCGAGUCAACCACUCAUCAAGAUUCACAUUUAACUAGCGUACAGUCUAUGCCUAUUUUAACACCUGAGAUUACACAACAUACGAAUGAUUUUUCAACAGCGCUUCCUUGUUGGGAUUGUUCCAAGAAAUUCAAAACGGUUAACGGUCGCUGGAUGCAUUUUGUCAGCCAUCAUAUUUUAUCAACCAUAUCCAUUUUUGAGAUACAAUCGGAUCUUGACGGUAAUAAAACAGAUUCUCAACACAGUACGCCCAAUAACAUAGUGGUUUCGAGUACUUCUCUCACUAAGCAGCAAUUUAAAUGUUGGUCAUGUACUAAAAAAUUUCAAUCAGAUCAAAGUUUCUUACAUCAUUUCGUUGAGAAGCAUGCCAAUUUUAUUUUAUCUCUACCUAAUAAUCCCAUUGAUAUUCUUAAAAAUGAAAUAAUUAAGGUAAAACAAAACGUCGUGACUUCAUCUAUAGAUGAUACAGCAACAUACCAUUGUUCACAAGAAUUAAAAGAUUCGAAAUCUACAGACACUAAAGAAAUGAAUAUUCAGAGCAAACAAGAUGAUUCUUUUUCAUCUAAUACUACACUAACAACAAAUCAUAUUGAUGUCGACAUGGCAACAACUCAGUAUCAGAAGAAAACUGCAGAAAAUUUGGUUAGGUCUAUCAAUUUGCAACAUCAUCAAGUAUCAAAUACACAUCUAUUCAAGUCAACGGGAUUUUCCAACGUCGAUUUUCAUAACCAGAAGCUUGACUUUGACUCAUACAUAAGUGUGGACUUACCAAACACUCAUAUCAAUCAGUCAACAAUAACAACAAAUCAACAUGAUGCCGCCGAACAUGUGCAAUCUAGUUCGAAAAUGUUUUCUUGUUGGAAGUGCUUUGAGAAAUAUAAAUCUGCUCCUCGCCGUUUAUAUCACUUUAUAUUGUGUCAUUCAGAAUUAUUUCUACCUGCCACGGUUAUGCCAUCGAAAUCUACGAGUAAGUAUACAAUAUUAUAUGAUAAACAAAUAAAUAAAUUCAAUGUUUCAGUAAAUCUACUAAGUGACGCAUAUCUUUGCUGGGACUGCUCAAAAAAAUUUAAAUCCUCUCCUGCUCAAGUAUCUCACUUUAUUGACAAGCAUGCUAAAACUAUUCUAUCCAUGGAUAUUGAUCCAUCAGAUAUUCUGCAAAAUCAAAUAACGAAGGCACAAGAACGAAUGAAAAUCAAACAAAAUACAGUUAUUGAUAUAAAAGCAUCAUCUAACUUUUCUCAUUGCUCAAAUCCAUAUAAAGCAAAUAACGAUCUUUCGAAUCAUACCAAUAGUAAACAUACUGUAAACAUUCUUCCUUUGACAUCUGAAACACGAAAAUAUGUCGAUAAUAAAACAAAGCAGAUGAUAGCACAGACAAAAGUCAUACAAGACGUGGCUGACCCUAUCAAUAUGUCUUUGGAUAGUUCAAAAUUUUCCUUCAAAUUCGAUACAGUCGAUAAUAGCUCAAUAUCCUUAAAUAUGAAAUAUUUAGAUGUCAUGACACGAGCAACUUCGGCAUCCCUGAACAACUUUUUACCAAAGCGAUCAUUGUUGCGUAUAACAUAUUAUUGCCAACAAUGUCAGAAAAAAUUUACAUCUGUUAAUGAUCAUUUAGAACAUUUUCAAAACGAACAUAGACAAGUGAAAUUAUCUAAAGAAACUUUAGAAGAAUUUUUCAGUGAUACAGGAAGUAUGCAAUGUCCUAAAGCCAAAUUUCCCACAAUCGUUUAUAUGUUACUUGGAUCGACUCGGAAGCAAAUUCGAAUCACAUUUGACAAGAUGAAUCAUUGUCCUUAUCAAGCAUGCCAAUUAGAAGUAGUUAAUUACGAAUUUAAACAGUUUUGGGUACAUAUAAUUAAAGAACAUGCAGCCGAACACAUAAAACUCGAAUGCUGUGAUCCUAUGAUGAUGUAUACUCCAGAAGAAUAUAUGAAACAUAAUCAAAUUUUUUAUUAG